AUGUACACAGAUAAUUGGUUAAGUGGUGCAGAUUCAGUUGUAGAGGCAUCUGAAAAAUUCUGUAAAGCACGUAGUAAUUUAGCUGAUGCUAGUAUGGAUCUUACAAAGCUUGUGUCAAAUAGUCUCUUGAUUACAUCCAAGUCCCAUGACCAGUUCCUUGUAAGUGGAGAUGAACCUAAUACUGUGUUAGGGCUGAAGUGGUGUAAUUCACAGGAUACAUUCUCUUUUGUUGCCAUUAACCCAGACACCAGUGUUGAAAUAGCCUCUACAAAGCGGAGCAUACUUAGUGUUAUUGCCAAAAUCUUUGACCCUUUAGGAUUAAUUAGCCCCUUUGUCAUGUACGGCAAAAUUCUCUUUCAAGAACUCUGGAAACUAAAUGUAAGUUGGGAUGAAGAGAUGCCUUCAGAUUUGAAGUCAAAGUUUCAGAAAUGGCUUCUUAGUAGUCAAUGCCUCAAAUCAUUUCAUGUAAAUAGAUGCUAUUUUCCAGAGCUAUCUUGGGGGGAGCUAUGCAAUGUAAAGCUACAUGGGUUUGGUGAUGCAUCAGAGAAGGGCUAUGGAGCAUGUGUAUACUUGCGAGUAACCUUAGAGGACAAUUCAUCUAAGGUAUCGUUAGUAGCUUCCAAGUCAAGAGUCGCUCCCAUAAAGACUGUUACCUUGCCAAGAUUAGAGCUAAUGGGAGCUCUUUUGUGUUCAAGACUGGUGGACUUUGUUAAGACUUCCCUUAAGUUAGAUAGUAACACUCAAGUUGUGUGUUGGACAGAUUCCACUAUUGCCCUGUCAUGGAUACAAGGAGAAACUAGUAAGAAAGAUGUAUUUGUGUCUAAUAGAGUAAGGGAUAUCUUAGAGUUAACACCUAAAAAUUGCUGGCAACAUUGCAGAAGCAAAGACAAUCUAGCUGAUUUGAUAACAUGUGGUUUGUUAGCAGACAAGCUUGUGGAUAAUUCUAUGUGGCUGUUUGGGCCUAGUAUGCUAACAAACACCCCUUGUCAUCAUAAGGAAGGUAGUACCUUAGUCAGUGAUACGAAGGAAACGAGUACCAAAGGUACUGUCUGUCUCAGUGUUCAAGGAGAACCAGAAUCUCCUUUCAUAGACUUAAACAAGUACAGUGAUCUGAGUAAGGCUCUAAGGGUUACAGCUUAUGUUUUAAGGUUUAUUAACAACUGUAGAAAUGUGAAGAAUAAGUUGAAAGGCUCCAUCACUACUGAAGAGAUUGAUUUGGCUAAAUUGAAGAUGAUUUAUCUCAUCCAACGAGAAGAACUCUCUGAUGAAAUAAAGACCCUCAUGAAUAAACCUAUUCCUCAAGUGUCUAAGUUAAGCAAAUUGGACCCAUUCAUAGACGAUAAGGGACUGUUAAGAAUCAAAGGCCGUCUUAAGUUUUCAGACUUAGAUUAUGACACUAAACAUCCUGUUAUAAUACCCAAGGGUCCUCUUGCCAAGCUUUUGAUAAGAUUUUAA